AUGUCUGGCCGCCGCUGGUACUUCGAGUCCUCCCCGGACGGCCGCGAGUUCGUCUCUCUCAAGCGUUCCCGCUCGCAUCAUUAUCACAGCCGCCAUCACUAUGACAGGCCGUCGCCGCCUCCCCACCGCUGCUGCCGCGACGACUGCUGCCAUCUAGGCCGCGACGAGUGGAACGACCUCGUGGGACGUGAGCGCAAGCUCCGCGAGACCAACGAGUGUCUCGCCCGCGACAACCAGACUCUCAAGUGCAACUUCGAGGCCGCCGAAGCCGAGGCCCGUCGCCUCGGCGGCAUCCUCCCGCUCCUCCAGGCCGAGAACCAGGCCCUCCGCGACGACAACGCCGCGCUGCGGUGCUCGAUGGAGAACGCGGGAGGCAACGCGGGCAAGUACCUCCGCGAGGUCGAGAGGCUGAGGCACCGACUACACAAGAUGGAGAGGGACCGCGACGGCUUCCUCGCGCGCAUCAAGGAGCUCUCGCGGCACCACAUCUCCGACCGCGUCGAGGAGCUGCGGCGCAUCAUCGUCAACUGGGAGCGUAAAUUUGACAGCGUGGACGACCAUAACAAGCGCCUGAGGAGGGACAUCGAUGCCCAGCGGUGCGUCAUUCAGCAACAGGAAGAGAGGCUGCAUACGUACGAGCGAAUCCUGCGUCGUCAUGGUUUUGUGAGGUUCGAAUGA